UGGAUUAUCCAGUUGAGACAUCAGCAGUCCUCUGAGACAAGAGAGCUCACUGCUCCAUAGAAUCAAAGCUAAACAAUCAAGGAGAAAACUCUUGUCUAAUCAUGAACGGCAAACUGGUGACUGUCCUGGCUCUUCUCCUCAUCUCAGCAGCUGUGUCUCAAGGCAGGGCCCUGGCAAGGAUGGGAAAUGAGCUCCGGUGCCAGUGCAUAACCACUCAUUCGAAGUUCAUCCACCCUAAAUCCAUUCAAGAUGUAAAGCUGACGCAAAGUGGACCUCACUGCAAGAACGUGGAAGUCAUAGCUACUCUGAAGGAUGGCAGAGAAGUUUGUCUGGAGCCCACCGCUCCCUGGGUUCAGCUGAUUAUAAAGGCAAUUUUGGCCAAGGCUCAAUCCAACACUGAUUUGCCACUCUAAGAAAAGUCAAGACAGAAGAAUCUCAGAACUGCUCCCACUCCUCCACUGAGAGAAACAUCUUGGGGAAAGCAUCAAUCAACUCUCAGGUGGUGUACCACCUACCACCUCCUGCCUCGCUGUUAUUAAGUGAACUGUAGACCACUGUAUCCACUUAUUUAUUUAUUUAUUUAUUUAACUGCAUCUAUUUAAGGAAGUCUUUCAGAAUGUUCAAUGCUGUUCCCUGAAAGUGAAGACACUGGAUAAGAAAAGUGGUUUGCUAAAGGAAAUGAAGACCCUAAAGGAAGCUAAAGGAAGCCAGUGCAGCCAAACAUAAACGGUUAAGUGCAAUGCACUUGCAGGACAGCUUACUCACUUACAUUAAGCCUAAGUACUUUGCUACUACAUCAGCGAAUUGAGAAUUCCAGCUGCUCCCCUGGAGUGCACUUGUAUGUUGUGUCAACAACAGUUUCCUCAGUCACAGUCAGCCUGCGGUUAGGCUGUUAACUGUGGCUUUACAACUUCAGAAAUAUAGCCUACAGAAUCUGUAAGACAGUGUUUUGGGUAUUUUUAAUUGUGAUUUACCAUAACAUUUAUUUAAUAAUUUAUAUACAAGGAAGAAAAAAGCUGAUAAUUUAUUUCAUUUCUACUGGAUUUCUUUUCCCAUUCUUAACGUUAAUUUCUUAAGAAUGCAGAAUAUUUCACAGUUCCACCGCUCUGUAUAAGGACUUAGCUGUAUGCCUAGUUAGUUUUUCAGCUAAUGGAAAAAACUGUAGCUUACAUACCGACCCAGAAUUUGCUUGUGACAGUGUUGU